AAAACGUAACACAUUAAACGCCGUUUCCAUAGUGACGCAAACACCUACUCCCAGCGCGGCCGUAACCAUCUACUGACAAGUUUACAUCCCGUUACAUUUUUAAACAAUUUAUUUAGCAUCUACAGUAAAUACUUUUUAUGUUCCCACCAUGAUCCCACCGGCAGACUCGCUGCUUAAGUAUGACAACCCGGUGCUCAUGAGCCAAAGCCCAAGACUCAAGUCUCCAAAGGGUCGCAACUUUAAAGUCAGUCCCCAGCAGUCUCCAGACACCACCCCUGUGCCUCCUCCCCCCAAACCAAAACCAGAGACUGAACAACACAAUGAAGACAUCCUCAGUUCCAUACUUCCUCCCAGAGAAUGGAUGGAGGGGAAUCAAUUAUGGGUGCAGAAAGUGUCCAGUGCCUCUUCUACAAGAUCAGAUGUGAUUAUACUAACUGAACAACUGGACACAAAGUUACAACAGAAACAGGCCAGACUCACAGGCAUCUGCCCAGUGCGCAGGGAACUCUACUCACAGUGCUUUGAUGAGCUGAUCAGACAAGUGACCAUAAACUGUGCAGAGAGAGGUCAGCUGCUAUUAAGAGUGAGAGAUGAAAUAAAGACAACCAUUGCAGCAUAUCAGACAAUCUACGAGAGCAGUGUGGCAUUUGGGAUGAGGAAGGCCUUGCAGUCAGAACUUGGCAAGUCUGACAGGGAGAAAAAGAUUGCAACACUGGAGAGUGAGAAGCAGGAUCUAAUCAAGCAGCUACAGGAGGAGAAGGCCAAAUGUGAUGCCAUAGAAAAAAGAGAAGCCGAGAGGAGACAGGUAGAGGAGAAGAAGCACUCAGCAGAGAUCCAAGUUCUGAAGAACUCCAACCAACACCUCAAGACCGAGCUGGAAGCAAUCAUCACAUCUAAGAAGCAACCUACACCUACGAAAUAAUCAUCUUUUAUUUUUUUGUUACCAUUCAUUAUCAAAUAUGAAAUCAAAUACAGUUUUAGCAACAACUGCACAUUAUGGUGUUACA